CUCACAUCUGAGAGAUCAGAGCGCUUCAGACGGAAUCAUGAUGUUCUACAGAUCUGAACAAACGCCGAAGAUUUUACUGAUAAUGUGUGUAUGGGGAAUCUUUCCUCUGACUACAGACCAGUUCCCAGUUCUUGGCAGCUUCAAUCUCCUGCUGUAUCCGGUAUCGGUGACGGGACCGUACGGACCUCAGACGCUUCUGAUACCAGUGACCACGACUGAGAGAAACACACAACACAACCAAACUUCACAGGCAAACAGCAGUAAGAUCAGUUCUCAAAGUUUGUCCAAGCCUUUGAAUGCAAACAGCGCAUUUCUCCAGCCGGAGCCAGUCCGUGGCCCCGCCCCCAGCCCCGCCCCUGAUCUUCACAUGUUCCCAUCUGAGACUUCAGUUCUGCAAGGGCAGAUGUCGAAUUUCAUCCCCUCAAAUGUCCCUCUGCAGGUCUAUUCAUUUGUCCAGCAGGCUGUAAUUUCAGACUCAGGAAGCUCAGAGGAAGGAGACGCUGCUCAGGUGGUUUAUAUGGUUCCCGUCCAUGUGGAAUCGCCCAACAUGGGUGUGAUGGAGGGCAGCGCUCCCGUUCCCGACCCAGGACACCUCCACGUACCGGUCACCACUUCCGCCCUGGAGACUGCUGCGCCGCCGGACGCUCAAGGGCAGCUGGGGAAAACUCUGGCCACAGAAACAGCGACACGGACAGACAUUCUGGGAAAGAAGGGACUCUGAGGACCGUCAAGACACCAGAGAUGUCCAUUUAACAUGGAUCUCUCUCUCUUUUAUUUGAUAUCAGAAAAUGUAAGGUUAUUCAGUUAAAGUUUUUUACAAUCGCUAGGACACAUUUCUCAAUACUUAGGUCACUUUUUCAAAACUCUUCACACAGUUCUCCUAACCAACUUUCAUCUUGGCACAGAGGUUAACUUCACAUUCAAAAUGCACCAAAUCUACCAAAACACUUCAUUCAUGUCUCAAAUCAACUCAUUCUUCCAGAACACUAGCAAAGGUUUUCACUGAGCAAACACACUUUGUCACUCAUAAAACAUCGACCUUAAAACACUAACAUCAGUUAGCAUUAUACAAUGUUUUCUUUUUUUAAAUUUCUUUGCAAAACAAGAAUGACACUCUCUACUGCUUAUAAUUCACUGCAGUUUGUGUUACAUGGUCCAUGUUUACAUUACAGAACAAAAUUAUUCCUAAGUUUCCCCUUUUGAACUGAUGGUAAUGAAAUUGAAAGACUAAUGCUUGUGUAGGUGUUCAGUUUCAUCUAAUUGUUUUGAUAGUAUUUGAUUUUUUAGAUUCAGAAUAUAUUUCAUAACUAUAUUACUGUAGAAAUGUAGCAAAUUUCUGUCUUAUUCAGUUUUGUAUUAUGUUAUUGUUUUGAACUUAAGUUUAACAGUUUUGAAAACAGUAUGUAAGCAUGUGCAACUUGGCCUGUACGUACAAAGAGUUUUGGCAGUUGUUGUGUCUGAGUGAGAAAAGAAUUCAUGAAAUUUGAGCGAUGUAGUCAUUGAAUGCAUUUUGUGAUAAAACAAUGAUAAUUGAUCCUCAGUUUAGCCCACAUAGACUUCUGUUGUGCUCACUGUGUGAAGAGUUUUGCAAAAGUGACCUAAGUAUUGAGAAAUGUGUCCUAGCGUCUGUAAAAAAAACUGUAAUUGUGGAAACUGUUUUGUGCUGAUUUAUGCAAUAUAGGUGCUUUAAAGCAGUUGGAAUCAAGUUCAGUUAUAAUUACAACUUUAAUUUCAACUAUAAAGCAGCUCUACAGAAGACAAACUCUCAUUAUUCAGCUCAGUUCAGUUCAGAUUAUCUCAUUCAAAUUCUCUUUCCUGUGACAACAGUUUCGUCCACAACAGUCAUCGUGUUUCCUAAAUCUAAUCUGCAUAUUAACUUUAUAUAUAUAUCCACAAAAUUUAAGCACUACUUAAAAAGUCAUUGCUGUCUCGGAAAAGCAUCAAAGACAGAAUAUGGCAGAAUACGGGUCACAUUAUAUGUGUCUGGGAAAAU